UGUCACAGAGGACGAGCGGAGAGACAAAGCCGGAUAAAGAGGUUAUGAAGAGCUGCCGGGUAGUAGUCCAUUUAGUCAUUUUAUUCAUUAGUCCGGGUCAUUUCAUAGAUGCGCUAGCGGGUGGUACAGGCCAUCAUCAGUGAGGUUUAGAUUCAAGCCUGAAACACCUUUUUGUCCUGAAUAUUAUAUCGAAAUCCAAGAUCCUGCAAUAGAGCUAAGCCUGAGGACGAACCGGAUUCACGGCUCGCAUGCCCCCCUCCCCCUUAAUGUACUCAAACGAAGGUGUGUGGAGGAAAGAGCGAUUCGAGCGCGCAGCCGAUGCCCGGAGAAAACGGCAGCCUGUGUGCAGGCAGCUGUGGACGACAGGAAGCUGGUACCCAAAAGCGUCGGUGUUUAUUGUCUGGGAUCUGGCUCUGGAGGCGCGUCGCCGCUGAGGUAUGGGCUGCGCUCCCAGUAUCCACGUCUCUCAGAGCGGGGUGAUCUACUGCCGAGACUCGGACGAAUCCAACUCGCCGCACCAGACCACCACCAUCUCCCAGGGCACCGCGGCCACGCUCCACGGGCUCUUCAUCAAGAGCGAUGCGGCCGAGACCAUCCCCUCCGUCAUCGCCUACCAGAGCCGCCACUCGCGCAACAACUCGUGCCGGGAUCGCAAGGAGAACAGCGGGGGACACAUUCGCAUCGAGGCCGAGACGCAGACCAGCCACACCAGCGUCAAGGUUUCAUCUACAGAAGAAUGUGUCGGACCUAUGAGACUGACUCAAGAGCCCAUUCAGGUCCUGCUGGUGUUCGCCAAGGAGGACAGCCAAAGCGAUGCCUUCUGGUGGGCCUGCGACCGCGCUGGCUUCAGGUGUAAAAUCGCGCGGACGCCCGAGUCUGCCGUCGAGUGUUUCUUGGACAAGCACCAUGAGAUUAUAGUCAUUGAUGGACGGCACUCGCGCUACUUUGACCCCGAAGCUGUAUGCAGGUCGAUCCGCGAGACAAAGCCCUCCGAAAACACAGUUAUUCUGGCCAUUGUGCCACAAAAACCGGCUGACCAGGACGAGCCAUCUGUUCUUCCUCUCCUCUGUGCAGGAUUUAGCAGAAGGUUUGUGGAGAACAGCAGUGUGACGGCCUGCUACAAUGAGCUCAUACAGAUUGAACAUGGAGAGGUGCGCUGCCAGUUCAAACUCAGGGCUUGUAACUCUGUCUUCACCGCUUUGGAGCAAUGUCAGGAGGCUGUGGAGAUCACGAGUGAGGACCACAUAAUACAGUACGUGAACCCAGCGUUUGAGCGGAUGAUGGGAUACCACAAGGGGGAGUUAAUUGGGAAGGAACUGACCGAACUCCCAAAGAGCGACAAGAACAGAGCUGACCUGCUGGACACCAUCAAUACCUGUAUCAAAAAAGGAAAGGAAUGGCAGGGCAUUUACUACGCCAGGAAGAAGUCAGGCGACAGUAUACAGCAACAUGUGAAGAUCACACCUGUCAUCGGCCAAGGAGGGAAGAUUCGACAUUUUGUGGCCAUCAAGAGACCUCAUAUUGACAACAAUAAUCAGGUCCACAAGUUUAACAAGGAGGAGAGAUGCAGCGGGGAACAUUCUCAGUCCGAGUGCCAUUGUCUACGUCACCGCGACAGGAGGAAAGAUUCUAUUGAUGCCAGAUCACUCAGCUCUCGCAGUAGUGACGCUUCCGGUUUACAGAACCGAAGAUAUUCCUCCGUCGCCAGGAUUCACUCCAUGACUAUCGAGGCUCCCAUCACCAAGGUAAUAAACAUCAUCAAUGCAGCCCAGGAGAGCAGUCCGGUAGUGGUGGCCGAGGCUCUGGAUCGGGUGUUGGAGAUCCUGAGAACCACCGAGCUUUACUCCCCUCAGCUCGCUUCCAAAGAAGAUGACCCCCACACCAACGACCUGGUCGGGGGGCUCAUGAAUGAUGGGCUGCGGAGACUCUCUGGGAAUGAAUAUGUCUUCUGCAAAAAUAUGAGCCAGAGCCAGCUGGCCAUCCCGGUCACUCUGAAUGACGUCCCUCCACCCAUCGCCGAGAUGCUGAAUGAUGAGGAGUGCUGGGAGUUCAACAUCCUGGAGCUGGAGGCAGCUACUCACAAGAGACCGCUGACUUACCUCGGGCUGAAGAUCUUCACGAGUUUCGGCGUGUGCGAGUUCCUGAACUGCUCGGAGGCCACGCUGCGCUCCUGGCUGCAGCUCAUGGAGGCCAGCUACCACUCCUCCAACUCCUACCACAACUCCACACAUGCCGCAGACGUGCUGCAUGCCACAGCCUACUUCCUCCGCAAAGAGAGCGUCAAGAGCAGUCUGGACCAGCUGGAUGAGGUGGCAGCGCUGAUAGCGGCCACGGUGCACGAUGUGGACCACCCGGGCAGGACCAACUCCUUCUUGUGUAACGCCGGCAGCGAACUGGCCAUCCUCUACAAUGACACAGCCGUGCUGGAGAGCCACCAUGCGGCCCUUGCCUUCCAGCUCACCGUCCGAGACAGCAAGAGCAACAUCUUCAAGAACAUAGACAGGAAUCAGUUCCGAACACUGCGACAGGCAAUCAUUGACAUGGUGCUCGCCACAGAGAUGACCAGACACUUUGAGCACGUCAGCAAGUUUGUCAACAGCAUCAACAAGCCGAUGGCGGCCAUAGAAGAGACCAGCACAAGUAGCGUAAACAAUGACUGUGAGGGUCAGGCCAACAUCAGGAACUCUCCAGAGAACCGUCUGCUUAUAAAGAGGAUGUUGAUCAAGUGUGCAGAUGUGGCAAACCCCUGCAGACCGCUCGAGCUCUGCAUCGAGUGGGCUGGACGGAUCUCUGAGGAGUACUUUGCACAGACGGAUGAGGAGAAGAAACAAGGGCUGCCAGUGGUGAUGCCGGUGUUUGACAGGAACACCUGCAGCGUGCCCAAGUCUCAGAUGUCCUUCAUGGAUUACUUCAUCACUGAUAUGUUUGACGCCUGGGAUGCCUUCGCCAGCCUGCCUGGUCUCAUGGAACACCUGUCGGAGAAUUACAAGUACUGGAAGGACUUGGACGAGAUGAAGUGUAAGAGCCUGCGUCCUCCCCCUCCUUCUUGACCGACCUCUUGUAGCCUCCUCUCAUCCAUCACUCCAAGCAGGGUAGGACAGCGAAUGCAGCCCUGCGGUGAAACAAUUAGUCUCUUCAGCUGUGAUUCGACGGAGCUCUGUGCCCUCCCAGGCGCCCCCGGACACGUUCACGGCCUCAAGCUGGGCGAUCGGGGACUCUGAGAGCAGACAUCACUGACUGACGAACACUGAGACGCUGUUUCAAUCUCAAAUCACAGCCUCUUUUCUUAUGUGGUUAUUGGUGGAGGUGGUGUUCUGCCAGUGGAGAACAGGUUGUCAUUUGAGGGCCCUGUCGACUUUAUGGUCCCGUUACGUUUUCCUAAUAGCACCUCUAUGAAACUGUAUGGACCUCACAGCUCACUUGACAAUCUGUACCAUACAGUAUAACACACCUGAAACCUGCACUUUAGCUAAUCAAGACAUUUUCAUUUUGAGCAUCCUCUUGGUGUUUUUGCUUUUUACUGCUUUAUUUUCUUUGAACAAAUCUUUUCAUUCUACGUCUGUCUAUUGCUGUAAAAGAAACAUGGUGAAUGAGAUGGUGACCAAAGCUAGAGGCUCUGAACUUCAUGCUUAUUCCUUUUCAAAUUGCCAACUUCUGAAGGUGCUCAGCUGGAAUUAUUCGUUCUUAUGAACUGUGAUACAGUCUACACUAUGAGAGACACUUUUGACUUGUGUCUGGGACCAAAUACUUAGCAAUCCCUGUUAGCCAUGUACAGAAAUAACUUGCUGGAAAGAUUUAAGAAUCUAGAGCUCUAGAGACAGUUAGCCAAGUACCAGGGUCCAAUCAGAGGGGGAGAACGAGCCAGCACACAGGUUUUCUAAAUGAUCAGCCCCAUAUACAGAGCCGACAUCGAAGAAGGGCCUGCAUUUGUGAUGAGAUCAUGUAGCUACAUAACAGUAUCAUUGUCCUUUGUGAAGGUCUUUGUCAGAACAAAUGGAGAGAAUUGCAUUGUAUCAGAGCUGUUUAAGUUAGCUGUAAUGCUUUCAUCAAAUAAUAUACAAAUAUCAGAUGUUACAUAACUUUGUGACACUAACUGUAGACAUUUGCAUCCAGAUAAGAAGAAACAAAUCUUCCAGACUUCCAAGUAUCUGAACAAUGUUAAGAAUAAGCUUUCUACGUGAAGCUACACUGACUGUUGUACAAUGGUGCACAAAUCCUGUAGAGGCCAUGUAACGCUGUUUGUCACAGCAGCGAGUAGCUGUGUUAGACCUCACAGCGACCUGACAGAUGUAUGAAGGAGCACCGGAUCCAUGUUUGGAUCCAGCUUGUAAAAUCAGCAGCUGCAGAGCGCAUCGUCUGUCCACUUCCAACAUUAAUCAGCUCCGGCUCUCACAGGGUGUUUGUUAAAACCAAUUUUACUGUAUCUCAAAAAUCCUGCAACUGCAAUUCGCCUCGCAGUCAUUUGGCUCGGUUUUGGGGAGAGGUCUAGUCUGUACAUGAUUUUCAGAUUAUUUGGAUUCAAAGGAAUGAGACAAAGGCCAUCGGAUGAUGAGCUCUGCAUGAUGUGUCUGCCCUCUGGUGGCUACAUUGGGGUGUUGCCGUAGUGGUAACAUUAAAUCAGUGUAAAACGGUGA